CACCAUUUUUUUCCGAACGGUCGCACACUGCUCCAAAUUGGUGACUGAGUUUUCGUAUUUUUCUUUAAAAGUUGAAUAAUUUCGUCAAAACGUGAACAAUUGUUGAAUUAAAAGCGUUCUCGUAAAGUCUGUUCUGUGCACCAAAAGCUAUCACAUUUUGGCCAAGUUCAAGUGGCGGAUGUGCCUAAACGGCGGCAGAAACUAUUCAGCGAUAGGCGUGCACAUGCCGUUGGUGUAAGAACUCAGUGUUGUUGCGAAAAUUACACCAAAACAGCCAGUUGCAAAGUACAUAGCAGUGUCCUGAGUGUAUUCGUGAAAAUGAAUGAUCCGGGAUUGGGUCCACCGCCGAAAAUGGCCGAUCCUAACCAUGCGAGUCUCAGCAGCAAAGUUCUGUCGCUGCCGACGCCGCCGUCGCAGUCGCCAGCUGUGGGAAGUGCAACUCUGCCCAAACGCAUUAUCAAAAGAAUACCUUUGGAUUUCAACAAACUUCAGCAGUCCGGCUUGGACAUAAAGCUGGCGGAAGCCUUGCGAAAGCAAACCACAUCCGCAAUGCCCACAUCGAUACCUUUUUCAGCUCCUGCUACCGCUACUGCUGCUUCUGCUGUUGCUGCAACAUCAACUGCGCAGUCAACAGGGGCGAAGCCCACUGCCGUCGCUGCAGUCGCAGCCUCAAUUGAACAAAAGCCAAAAUCAGCUCCACCAGCUAAAAAAAGGCGAUCCAACAUCUCGAAUUACAUAGAAAAAGUGAUACCCGAACAAAUAGUGGCCGAACGGACGCAGCAUGUCAAGACCCUGAUCAAGAACCGGAUUCUGAACAAGGGCAAGUCGACGAUCACGACCACGACCACGCUGAACCAUCCAAAGACAUCAACAGGCACAAUGACGGCACCAAAGGCGUCACCAUUCUCUGCCCUGGGGUCAGGGAUGUCGUCAAGUGUCUUUGUGUCGCCCAUAGCCAAGGCGAAUGUGACAGCACGGUCGAAGCAGCCGCCGCUGCUGCUGAAUUUGGUCAAUCAGUUGCCCAAGCAUCGAGCCAUGUGCGUGCCCAGCAUGCAGUUGAGCAGGCAGCAGGAACCACAGGAGCCACAGCCACAGCCGCAGUGGCAGGCGCCACUGAUCCACAAGGCCCCAUCGCCGCCGCUGAUUGUGUUGGAGAACAAGGUGCUGGCGCCCGAGGAGAAGAUCGAUUUGAGUGAUCUGCGCCUGCCUAGCGCUGCUGCACAGGGCAGACCUCAGGGGAGGCCAGUGCCAGAGAUGGCCCGACGGGUGCAGGCCUAUCCCAGUCCCAGCUCAUCCAAGGCCGCCAAGACCAAGGUGAUUCUGAGUGCCAACAAGCUGAAGGUGUCGCGGGAGAAGCUCGCCGAGAUGGCCAAAGAGAUACACAACCAGGUAAAGCAGGUGGAAAAGCCACCAGUUCCUGACAAAGUGUCCCCAAGAAAAGCCCCCGAAACCCCAGAUGAAGUUAGUCCCAUUCUUGUCAGUCUAUCACCGUCCCCAUCUCCACUCUCUGUGCCGUCACCGCCUCAUAGUCCUGCUCCAGCUCCGGCUCCAAAAUUACUCUCUGCUGUGGAUUUUAUAACCCAACUGGCCGCCGAAAAUCCGAUGGGUGAGGGCAGCUUCACAGAACUGUCGCUAGAAGAGCAAAUGCUGAAUGCUCUCUUCGACUCCAGAGGUUGCUGCAGACAGCCCUCUGUCGAGGAGAAGCCAACAGAAUCGCCGGUGCAGAAGAGCCAGGACACCAGAGAGCCCGAAGAAGAGUUGCCGAUUGGAAAGAUUUUGAAGCUGGAGGAAAUGGACAUACUGCACGCCACAUUGGAUGUGAAUGAGGAUAGCGAGAGUGUUCUGCGGUUCAGUCCGAAUGCGAUAAAGCUGCAGAAGAGCGCGGUGGCGCGCAGGGACCCACCAGAAGCCAACAUGAGGCUCAUUUUAAAGCAGCCAAAUCUGGUCCAGCCGAGUUUAGCUCCUAGUAAUGUCUCCAAAGAUGGGCCAGCAAAGGCAGUGGAAACAAACAAAGAAAUGUCCCAAGACGCAGCAGGAAUGGCAGAGAAAACAGCCAGUCAACUGCCCAAAGAUGUAGCGGGAACGGCGGAGAAAACAGCCAGUCAACUGGCCAAAGAUGCAGCAGGAUUGGCAGAGAAAACAGCCAGUCAACUGGCCAAAGAUGUAGCGGGAAUGGCGGAGAAAACAGCCAGGGAAAUGUCCAAAGAUGUAGCGGGAAUGGCGGAGAAAACAGCCAGGGAAAUGUCCAAAGAUGUAGCGGUAAUGGCGGAGAAAACAGCCAGUCAACUGGCCAAAGAUGAAGCUGGAAUGAUGGAGAAAACAGCCAGGGAACUGUCCAAAGAUAAAGCAGGAAUAUCGGCAACAGAAGCCAGCAGUGUACCUCAUCUCCAGUCAAGCCCAGCUCCAGAGGCAGCCGCCAGCAAGGAAAAGGAGGACAAGCCGCCACCACCACCGGCCAAGCGGGUGCCAAGGUUUAAAAAGGGAAAAGUUAAUUUAGUCCAACGCUCGAAGCGAGCCAAUCUACCCAAACCAAAAGAGGCUCUGCCUGACAAGGAGCUAAACGAGAAGGAGGUGGGGAAGGAGAAGGAGGAGGAGGAACCCACAAUAGAUCAGAGUUUACUCGAGGACAGUUUUGGAAGGCGAGAAGUCGAGGUAAUUAAACAAGCGGAUGAUAGCAUAACAGCUAAAGAGAAAGUAAACCUUCAUUUAUCUAUUGCUAAAAGCAAUCUGCAGGCCCAUGCAGAUGACGGGGAGGGGGAGAAUGUAGCCAGGGAAGCAAACAAAGAAGAACAGUCCAAGAAAUCAGAUCCCGAAAAGAUACUAGUCAUCAAAGGACCGGUGGAGCUGGUAGCACAAGAGGACUCGCCACCAAAACCCUCAACAGAACGUGAUCUCAACCAGCUCCAUCAUCCACCAAAAAUGCCAAAGAAUAAAGAACAAAGAACAAGUAAAUCGAACAACAACGAAGAUCAACCAGAACCUGCCACAACGAGCAGCAGCAAUGUGUCCCUCCUGUUGGAUGUCCUCAAUCAGGAGCCACCGGCAGCACAGGGUGAAGCCCUGCUACCAUUUCGUAAGCAGUCCCAGUCUCUGUCUGAGACCCCAUCCCAGUCCAGUGAAUCCACUGGAAUCCAGAAUUUAGUGAGCCAUUUGUCGGCAGAGAAGAUCAUGCCGCAGAUCAAGAGGGUUUCACCCAACCCAACUCCCACUUCCAACCAGCCAGUGCCCCGCAAGAAACUAGUUAAGACACGACCUGUACUCAACAAAAGACCACCACGUUUCGGUUCCAUGGGAUCUGGACACCCGAUCAGUGUUAGCGGAGAAGUAGGAGGAGCAGGAGGAGGAGCAGGUGCAGCAGCAGGACGCAUCGCCACUUCCAGCACCAGCGAUGAUGAUAGAUCCGUGUUCCUGGGCUUUGACAACAAAGAGGAGUUUCAAACUGUCAAAGAUGCCAUCCUCCAGCAUGUCAAACAAAUGCCGUUUAACGAAACGGAUGUCAGUGAUGAUGCCACGCCAGACUACGACGAGACAGAGGAGGAACAACAGGAGACCCACAAGAAAUCAUCCAAUGAAGGCACCAAGGACUUAAACGAAGCAGAAGCCUCGGACAAUAGGUCCAAUGCUAGCCCGAUGCAGUUUGAAACACUUCCUGCAACGGACGUGGUUGAAGCAUGCAAAGAAGAUGCCCCAAAAUGUGAAGCUGCACCGGAAAUGUAUACGAAACAAGACAUGAAUGUGCCACCAGAUCCCCAGAUACAAUCGGAUGCCAUUACCCCUGCAAAUGAAGGCUCAUCGGAGACACCAAUCAUCGAAGAAAGUCCAGAAAUAACUGCAUUUGCAGAAGGAAGUAAAAGCGAAAAGGAACAAGAUUCCAGUGAAUCAAAAACCAACCAGAUGGAACCAGACCUCCAGGAGACUGCAACAAUAGAGGAUGAACCACCGUCGGUGGAGGCGACAGGCAAGGUUAAGCCACGAGGCAGACCAAAAAACUCAACCACUUCAUCACCAGCCAUGGCUACGACUAAGGCUAAUUGUACAGAAAGGCCCGAGAACAGUACCUCAGAUGUAACCAAUGAAGCAGCCACAUCGUCCAGUGCCAAAAGAAAGCGCGCAUCUAGAAGUCAUUCCCCCCAGUCAGUCGAGCCCAAUGAUGCGGCAGAGCCCCCACAGUCGGUGGCAGAUGGCACGCCAUCAGUGAGCUCCAAUCGGAAGCGACAAUCGAGGCUCAGUUCCCCCACAGCAACGCCCAAAGUGCCGGCCAAGCGAGGCAGGAAAAGUCUAGCUGCUGUGGCUGAAGCAGCUCGAACAACGACGCCAACGUCUGAAACUCGAGGUAAAUUGCAGGAGGAGGAGAAGGCCGUAGAGGCAACGCCAGCGAGGAAAAGAGGUCGACCCAAGCAAGCCACGAAAUUGGAUUCCGAGGAGCAGGAUGUGGCAAGCAAUGGGGAGGCCGCACCAAACACAAAAGAUGCCUUCCCAAUGCGCCUGCUGCUCAUCCGCAAGCGGGAACAGCUGGAAACCAACGAAGAACUCCAUCAGGAGGGCCAAGGAAAGGGAGCCAUCCAGUGUGGCCUGUGCCUGUUCCGCACCACCAAAGACCAUUGGUCCACACAUCUGAGGCAGCACUACGGUGUGGGUUGGGUCCUCACUGGAGAAGAGCCGCAGCAGCGGACUCUUUCGCGACAAGAUGUUCUGAAAAUGAUGAAAGGCCACCUCAAAGAUGGCCUCUCCACGUACUUAGUCUGUCGCCUCUGUGAUCGCCAGUUGGGCUCUGGCCUGGGCAUGUUGACGCACCUGGAAGCCUGCGGGGACAACAAUCGGCCGCAGUGCCAGUACUGUAAGCGCAGCUACUCGAAGCUCUAUCUCCGCAGCCAUGAGCCAUCCUGUCGACAACGUCCCAAUGCCCAGCAGCGGCAGGAGAACGAGGAUAGACCAGAGGCAGAGGCCGACACAACAGCUGCCGUAGCAAGCGAAAGCAAGCCGAAAUCCGAUAGUCCAUCGCCCUUCUGUAAUGCAGAUUGGAUAAAGCGUCUGAUGCUCAUCCGCAAGCGGGAACAGCUGGACUCCAACGAAGAGCUCCAUGAAAAGGGCGAAGAGAAGGGACCCCUCCAGUGUGGCCUGUGCCUGGCACACACCACCAAGGACCAGUGGCACACGCAUCUGAGGAAGCACUACGGCGUGGGCUGGCAAACAGGAAAAGAGCCACAGACCCUCACCCGCCAAAGUGUGCUCGGGAUGAUGAUUGCUUUCCUCAAGCAAGGCCAUGCGAAGCAUUUGGAGUGUCGCAUGUGCGGCCGCCAGUUGGGCUCCGGCCUGGGCAUGUUGAUGCAUCUGGAGACGUGUGGCAGCAACGAUCGGCUGGAGUGCCAGCACUGCAAGCGCAGCUACACGCGGCUCUAUCAUCCCGCGCAUGAAAAAACCUGUCGGAAGCGUCCUGGCAUCCAGCAGAAGGACGAGCCAGCAGCCGCAGCCGCAGCAGAAGCCACUGGCCCGGUAUACACGAAUGCUGGCUAUGCCAAGCGCAAGUCCACCAUCAGAGCCGAAAAAAAGUUGAAGAAAAUUGAGGCGGAACUGAAAACCCAAGAAAGGAAUGACAAUCCGAAAGGCGAUUUUGAAGGCGAUUCAUCCGACUACGACAUGAACAAAGACAAAGAGUCCUCGGAGGAAUACGAUACGGAAGCGGUCGAUUCCAAUGAGGAUGCUGCACAGACAGAGGACGAUGUCAGCGCCAGUAAUACGCGCAAAUCGAAGCUGAUUAAACGCACCAAGCGAACGAAGACGGACGGUGGGAAAAGCAUGCGGAGUAACAAGCUAACGGGAGGAACUAAUUGUCAGCCAUUAUUCUCCCGCUAUGCCAAGCUGAAGGAAAAGGUGGAACAAAAGUGGAAUCAAUUCACCGAUAAAAACUAUGCUGCAGAGGCCUUGUAUCCACAGCUGACACCAGGCUAUGUUAAACUCUCGCCGGAAGAGGCCAGCGAACUAUUGCCUGCCAAGGAUAACCGAUCCAUGCGCUAUGCAUACGGCAAUGCUGCAACUGCAGACGAUUGGCGUCAGAUGGAACCGCUAGAGAGCUUCCAGACAGCCGAUGAGCAUAUUGGCUAUUUGGGGGCACCCGUCAAACAACUUGCCUGGGCACCCCUGCCGCCGACGGUCGUCGAACAGUAUUUGCUGUGCUCCUUCCGCAAAGAGAUGCUGGAGCAUGCGAAGCACAAGCCGGAGGCGCCGGAGGCGGACCUGUUAAUGCUGCUCAAGUGUCAGCUGUCGGAAAGCGAGGAGCGGCGAGGCGUGUGGCCCCUGGAAACACGCCUGCACUAUGCGAUACGUGUGCCCAGUGGGCCCGUUCAUAGCUUUGCAUUUAUGCCCAGCGGCGGGUAUGAUAAGUCGGCCAAUCGUUUGGGUCUGCUGGCGGUGGCUAGUACUCAGAGUGAUGUGAACAUCUAUGCCCUGCCCCUGAACCUGGAAGAUGAGGCAAAGAGGCAUGUUGUUAUUGAAUUGCAGCCAUCGCUGACCCUCACCUUGGAUGUGAAUAAUCCUGUUACGGAUCUGUGCACUAAAAUCUGUUGGUCUGAGGCCUCUGGUCACAAUUUCUUGGCGACUGGCUAUUUCAGUGGCAACGUUGCCUUCUGGGACAUUUCUGAUGAGGAGGGCAUCAAUUGCUUCAAACGGAACGGUCGCAUACAUUUUGUGCCUUUGCACUAUUUCUACUUUGGCGAACACAAUAUACAAACUGUGGAGCUUCACUACGAUACAAAUGGACCACGUUGGCUGGCCAUUGGCACUUCAACGCGUAAAUUAUGGAUCUAUGAUAUCAUCAACUGGACGCAGUCGCUGCCACUGAACGAAGACUCCAUCGCCAAUCUGUAUCUGGCCAACGUUAGCUGGCCACCCAUCUGGGAAACGCUGGUCGUUGGCUGCAGUGAUGUCCAGCGACGCUUCUACUCCCGCUUGAUAACGCUCAGUCCAACGGGCAUCUUGUUUAACAAUAAAACCGUCGACUACACGGUUAGCUCUGCGCGAGCCAUGCACUUCAAUGUGCGUGAGAAUGUACUAGUGGUGGGCACCGACAACGGCGAUUUGGUGUUUCUCAAUACCCGAGAGCUCAACGCGGAGCCCAUACUGCUGAAGAUGACGAGCAAAUGUCGUGCCGUGUCCAGCAGCAAUUUGUGCAACCUGAACACGGAAUCGACCCCUGCUCCGGAUAAACCAAUAACUACCGAAGACUUUCUACAGGAUUUUGGCUUGAACGUCAAGCCGUUGGCUGGGGUGGGCAAAUCGCAGAAGAAUGCCUACAUCGAUCCGAAGCGACUGCCCAAACCCUACGAGCUUUUGGCCAUGACGCGUUUGAACACGGUUCGCUGCAAUUGGAACAGCCCCGCACGCAGUUGGGUCGCCGUUGGGGCCGAGCACGGUCUGCUGCGGAUCGUCCAUUUCAAUCGGGAUAAGUUCUUUUAGCGGCACAUCCUAUAAUAGACACAGAUCUGAGAGUAUAUUACUUUCUGAUUGAUUUGUUUAGCUAGUUUUACAAUGCACUCGAUGGAUAAUCAUAGUUGUAAUUUAAUUAUAGCUCUUGUUAAAUUGUAUAUUUCCUAUAUAUUUUAUAUGGAUUAGAUAUUUAUACCUUUAACCUGCUUGGCAAAACUAAUUAUAAAAUAAAUAUUUUUUGUACAAUAUUUAUAACCCAUUAAGUUGUAAUGCUGUUGUACUCAAAUAGGUUCGUUUUGUGCUGAAAAGUCGAGCCCUCCGAGUCGAUAUAGCAUGGCCCGUCUGUCCCUUCCGAUGAGCGCACAAUUUGAAAGAUACGAGUAAACUAAAAACGCGGAGUCACAGAUAAUGACCAUAUCUAGCAGAUAGCUGAAUCUGAAUAGCCAAAGUAUAGCCAAAAGGAAGAAAUCCAUUUGCAGUGGCUACGCAGCGCUCUACACGUUCUGGCCGAGUGCAAUGUGAUCGCCCUCUGACGGAGGGUAGCUGUACUGACUGAGUAUCGGCUAUAAAAGUAGAGUCGCGGACGUACCUGCUUUCCCUCUCGCUUAUGUCAUAUUGGUGGGUGCUUAAGUCAUAUUCAAUUCAUUUUGUCCUGUAAUAAACGAAGCUGAUAUAAUCUAACUAAA